AUGGUAACUACAGUUCCCAAAGUCCUAGAACAGGCUAAACUUUCACACCAGUUCUUCCACCAAAAUGCAUGUUCAUUAAAGAGACAAUUCCAAAUUAAAAACCAGGCCAGAGACAUAAUCAUGUCAUGCUCUGACUGCCAGCAAGUUGCCCCAAUGCCAUCUAAGGAAGGGGUUAAUCCCAGAGGCAUAACAGCCAAUGAAAUCUGGCAAACAGACAUUACACACAUAGCUGAAUUCGGUAAACUAAAAUAUGUCCAUGUUACGGUAGACACACAUUCCAAAUACAUUAAUGCAACAGCACACACAGGAGAAAAAGCCAAAGAUGUUAACAGACACUGGCUUAGUUGUUUUGCAAUCCUGGGAAUUCCAAAAACCAUAAAAACCGACAAUGGCCCUGCUUAUUGUUCUGAAAUAAUCAAAACAUUUCUCACAGAUUGGGGGGUAUUCCAUUCCACAGGCAUACCACACUCACCCGCAGGACAAGCAAUUGUAGAAAGAGCACACCGCACACUGAAAGAAAUGCUUCAAACACAAAAAAGAGAGGAGUCAGUAUAUAGCCCCCAGGAACACUUAUGGAAAGCAUCAUAUGUUGUAAAUUUCUUAAACCGUGAUGAUACAGACCAUAGCAGGUAUGACCGCCAACAUAAAACUCAAAUACUUUCACCUUCCAAACCACCAGUUAUGAUUAAAGAUCUAAUAUCUGGGCAGUGGUCAGGACCAGUAGAUCUCAUAACACGGGGGAAGGGAUAUGCCUGUGUAUCCAAGGGUACCAAAUUACAAUGGAUCCUUUCUAGAUAUGUCAGGCCUUAUAUUACCCCUCCCCCACAACAGAAACAAUCAACAGAAGAAAUGAGUGAAGAAAUUAGAUUUGAAGAAAUAUGACCAACAAUAGUAAAAGGAACACGCCACACAGUGAAAAACAUGCUAUAAAAAUACACCAAAAAAGGGGGAAAGAGAUAUGGGUCUGGUCCCUAUAUGCGUAAAUCUACAUUAACACUUCUUCAAAACAGGAACAAUCACAAAGAAGCAAUAAAUGAUACAACAGAACCAAAAGAAACACAGAAAC